GUCGAGGGGAGUGUCAAAUUCCAAGAGAGGAGAGGAGAGGGGAGUCAGAGAGAGGGGCGCGAGGUUACAUUGCAAGCUCUUUGCAAAAAUGGGGGACGACCGACCUUUUGUGUGCAAUGCUCCUGGCUGUGGACAGAGGUUUACCAACGAGGACCACUUGGCGGUGCACAAACAUAAACAUGAGAUGACGCUGAAAUUCGGACCGGCCAGGACCGACUCUGUUAUUAUUGCAGAUCAGACACCUACUCCCACUCGUUUCCUAAAGAACUGCGAGGAGGUUGGUCUGUUCAAUGAGCUGGCCAAUUCCUUUGAACAAGAUGAUGAUGACAAGAGGGCCAAGAACUCUCAUCCUGCUGCCAACUCUGUGGCUCUGGAUAUGAGCUUACAGACGUCAUCAGAAGUGAAGGUGAAACAGGAGGCACCUGUAGAGGUUGACUCUUCACCACCAGACAGCCCUGAAUCCAUCUCUGGGAAGUCAGACAGCAACGGAGAGCCAAUAAUUAAAGGAAAGGACACACCGCCCAGGAAUUCAGCUCCUACCCCGACUAUUGUGCGUCCGGGUUCCCUCCCACUACAUUUGGGCUUUGAUGCUCUUCAGCCCACCAUGCCAUCACCCACCUCUGUCAUCACACAGGCUCCACCCUCAAAUCGUACUUUGGUUUCACCGACGAGCCAUUACCCUAUGAUGAUGUUUCCCUCUGGUCAGGCAGUGCCUGUGCUGCCUGGUCCUGUUCAAAUGCCAUCUGUCAUUAAUCUGGCCCGACCCAUGUGCAUGGUACCCAACAUUCCUGGGAUCCCUGGUCCUCCUCUGGGAGGCAGCAGCAGCGGCUCUAACUCCCCCUCUGGCUACAGCAUCCACUCAGAGGCCAAGAUGCGUCUGAAGGCUGCGCUGCAAAGCCCGUCAGGACAGAGUAUGGGGAUCAUGGCCAUGGGGAGCAGCCCCAUGGUACCUCAAAAAGCAGAGCACAGUCAGUUGCUUCUCCAACAGCCAGAUGCACCAUCACCUGCACAACCUCAGGUAUCUCCAGCACAGCCUACAGGUGGGCGUCGACGACGGACGGCCGACGAUGACCCAGAUGAACGAAGGCAGCGUUUCCUCGAGAGGAACCGGGCAGCGGCAUCACGCUGCAGACAGAAACGCAAACUGUGGGUCAGCUCCCUAGAGAAGAAAGCAGAGGAGCUCAGCACUUUGAACGUCUCUCUGUCGAAUGAAGUGUCUCUGUUGCGUAAUGAGGUGGCUCAUUUAAAGCAGCUGCUGCUGGCCCACAAGGACUGUCCUGUAACCACCUUACAAAAGAAGACUGCCUACUUAGCUGCCGAAGAGAGCAUGAAAGAAACGUCAGAACCUACAGGUUCCCCUGCCCCAGUGAUUCAGCACAGCUCUUUGGCGCCCAGCCCUUCGGUGGGGCAAAACGGCCUGAGUUCAAGGGCAGCAGCUGAGGCUAUGGCCAUGUCAGUGCUGGCAGGAAUGGGCCAGCAGCAGAGAGCUGAGAGUGGACCCUCUCACAUUAUCAUGGCUGCACAGUCUCAAUCUGCUGCCAGAUGAUGAGCGAUGCUACCAUGGCCCAGACUUGGCUCCCAACCCAGGGUAGAAAAGACUCCCACCUCCCAACCCCCCUGAUCUUGGAGUCAGAAUUUCAGAUCUACUCUGCCCCACCUCCCCUCUGUGGUCUUUCUAACCCUCCUGGGGAGCCAUCAGGCUGGGGCCUGGAGCUCAUCAGCAGCCUUCUGGGAAUGGACUGAGACUUUUAAGAGAGCUUCCUGUUAACUUUGCCAUAGACUACAGGGGCUGGACUCCAAUACCCCUCCCCCCUGUUUCCUCCUGUGCAUCCCUGCUCAUCUCUCCUCACCCUCAGUCAAAAGAACUCUUCACUGGACUGUAGGACUGCAUCAUGUAUACUGCCAUACUGAACUUCCCACAUGGAAAUGUACCGCACAGAUGUUGCAUAAGCAUUUUUUGAUCAAAUCUGAUAUCAAACAGCACAUGGGGCUUUACACUUUUUCAGCAGGGAACAGUGCCUUGCUCUCCUCGUCACUUUAGCCUUGCACACACACCCACACAUACCAUCACAGCAUGCCUCCCUAUACAUCCUCAGCUCUAAAGAUAUGGUAAUUCUAGAAUUCUGAGUCAUAUCUCAAUUAUUAACUCAGACCGUUUGUAAAUGGUUUCAGCUUCAAGGCGAUCUCAACACGGACCCAAAAACCUUACCUCAUGUACACCCCUUUAUGAUAAAGUGUAUUAACUGCGUGUGUGUGAUUGUAUAUUUAUGUACAUCAGAACAUAGCAGUUUGCCUACUCCUGAUCUGAUGCAUUAUUACCUAGAUUGUUAGCAUGUGACUUUUCUAAUAGGGUGUUAUGUUUUUGAUACAGUAUGUGCAGCUAUGUUUCUUUUAACUAAUUGGCACAUCCUCAGAUUCACCCACAUAACCAAAAGAUGUUAGAUUGUGAUUUAAAAGGAGUUUGUUCAAGCAGACUUUUUUUUUUCCUGACCUGAAGGGAAUUAAAUUUCUCCCACCUUUUCAUAUUUCCUGAAGCAGGCAGGCAGUUUAUUGGUAUGUAAAUGGAUGCCUUUUUUCCAUUUUUAUAUGUAAUUAUUCUGGCGACUGCGUUUCUCUGUGUGGGCCGUGGACUUACUGUAACUGUUAUUUUCACACUUCUCAGGAUGGUUGCACAUCCUUGCUGCUCGUUGAAAAUGCGAUGGAGCCCCUUGUUCUCUAUGCUCUCUACCAAACCAAAAUGAAGCCAUAAUGGAUCUCUCCAAAGACUAUCUGGUACUUGUCCUGGGACAGGAAGUGAAAACCCCUGACUGUUAUUUUGUGAUUCAGUUUGCAGUGGCACUAUUGACAGUAUCUCACUGCUUGUUACUUGCACUCACACACAGUCUCUCACACAGUGUUUGAUCGUUUUGCCUUAAGAUCACAUUUGUGCCUCCAAUACCCCUUACAGUAAAAUAUACACAGAUUUGCUUGGAUGUAAGCGCCGUAGGGAAAUAUAUUAGUCAGUGUAUAAAUUGGUGAAAAUAAAUACUAUAAUAAAUAUAACAUUUAAUGACUAGCUGAAGGUUUUUGAAACCUUUAAGCACAUCAAAAGUGUCUUUUUAAAAUAUUAAACAAAUAUUGAAGUACUUGUCUGUCAUCUGGUGGAGAGACAGAGCAAAGACAUCUUCAGUUGGGAGAGCUUUAAAGGCAGAAAAAAAAGACGUCUUGUGACUGUUUUCUGAAAGGUUCUUAUACAACCUCUCCCAGAUAUUUUACCCAGAUAUCGAUAUAUUUUUACAUGAAUGCUCAAAGUGGUUUGCUUCUUUCUGUUCCUCUUUUGCCCUCUUUCUUAAUAUGUUUGCAAAAUGUGAUAUUUCAAAUACAGGAUAUCUGACUAUUAACAUAAGGACAUUUAUGCACUAAAGUAAUGCAGGUUAACUAUUGCUUUGUAUUUCUGUUCAAAUUACAUUUUUGUAGCUUUCUUGUUCUUUUUGUUCCCCCCCCCCCCAGAGAUAUCAGACCUUGUAUUUUUUUUUUCUGUUAUCUGUACUGUAUACACAAACGGGAAUUUGCUGAGCAACUUUAAUACUUUUUACCUUUGACUGAACCUCUAAUCCUACAGUCCCAAUGGCGACCCCGGCAUUUUCUGUAAUUUGCUGGCACUAUAUUUGGCUGGCAGACAAAUAGACGAUUGUUCAUUUGAAAUGAAAAUUCAAACUGUAUUUAGCAUUCAUGUUUUCAUGACAUUUCUUGUAUUCUUUUGUUGUGUGCUGAUUUCAGCACCAUGCGCUCUUUGUCAUAAUGCUUCUGAUUAUGCUGAUGAAUAUAGAGACUAAUUUCUUUAACACAAA